AUGGGUUCUUAUCUUUACAAAAUUUAUCGAAGAAUUUUAUUAAAUUGGCCAAUUGAUACAACAAAAUCAAAUGAACGUAAUUUUCGUUUUCAUCUCGAAAAACAACUAAAUAAAGCUUUUGAACCUUCUCCAAGUGGACAAAAUGACGAGAGAAAUUUAAAUAAAAAUGUUAAUUUUUUUAAAUGCAAGGAACGUCUUGAAGCUUUACAACGUCUUGAAAAUAAUCAACAUUUUAAUCAAUUUCCUUUGCAAUACACAGCUGGGGUUAAUGGCUAUAGACAAGAAUUAAUUCAAAAAUUUAAUUCUGAUAUUGAAAGGAAAGAAAUGGGAAUGUAUUAUUUUAUGCCUGGAUAUAAACAAAAAUUUGUUAAUUUUUUGAAGAAAAUAUUUUUUAAAAAAGAAUAAAGGUUUUUGUUUAGUUUU